AUGGAUGCCCCUGUGUCUAAUAAGAAUACAGCGAAGGAUGUAUUUAUAUCCGAUGAAAUCCGUCUAAACCUCUCAUUGACCAUCCACCCCAAUCCCCAAAUUCUCACAAAGAUGGGCAUAAUCACCAAACUCGCCACUCUAACCACUCUAACCAGCCUAGCAACCGCCUGGCUCCCCGAAGAAAACAAAUCCAUCAACUCCACCACCGGAACCAACCUCUUCGAAACCUCCAGCAAAAUCCGCGGCGUGAACCUAGGCACACAAUUCAUCUUCGAGCCAUGGAUUGCCCAAACAGCCUGGUCGACCAUGGGCUGUAAAAACCAAGCUUCCGAAUUUGACUGCGUCUCCUCCCUCGGCCAAGACGCCGCAGAUACGGCUUUUGCCAAACAUUGGGAUUCAUGGACGACGGAAGACGAUAUUGCCGAGAUGGUCAGUUAUGGACUUAACACGAUUCGCAUCCCGGUUGGAUAUUGGAUGUAUGAGGAGUUGGUUGAUGACUCUGAACACUUUCCGCGUGGUGGCUUGGAGUAUUUGAAGAGGAUUUGUGGGUGGGCUAGUGAUGCGGGUUUGUAUAUUAUUAUGGAUUUGCAUGGUGCGCCUGGUGCGCAGACUCCGGGUAAUGCUUUUACGGGGCAGAAUGCUGAGAAGCCUGGUUUUUAUACUGAGGAGAAUUAUGAGAGGGCGUUGCGGUGGUUGGAGUGGAUGGUUGAGCUUGUUUAUUCGGUUGAUGAGAUGCGGAAUGUGGGGAUGGUGGAGGUUGUUAAUGAGCCUGUUCAGGAGGAUGGGAUGGCUUCUUCUAUGCGUGAGAAGUAUUAUCCGCAGGCUGUGCAGCGUAUCCGGGCCACGGAGAAGAAGCUCAAUAUCAACAAGAAUGACUAUCUUCAUAUUCAGACGAUGGAUCAAUCUUGGGGCUCGGGUGAUCCAAAUGAGUUCCUUGAUGACUUGACUUAUAUGGCAUAUGAUGAUCAUCGUUACUUGAAGUGGGAUACUAGUGUUGAUGCUUCGCAUGAUAGCUAUAUCAGCACUUCAUGUGGAGACAAGCGUGACAGCAACUCGCCGAAUAUUGUUGGGGAAUGGAGUCUUGCUGUCCCUGAUGAUGUGGAGGGAUCUUCGGAUUGGGAUCCUAGUUCCAACACCGAGUUUUAUGCCAAGUGGUUUGCGGCGCAGGUUCAUUCCUAUGAGAAACAGCAGGGAUGGGUCUUUUGGACUUGGAAGGCUCAGUUGGAUGAUUAUAGAUGGUCUUAUCAAGAUGCUGUCAAGGCGGGUGUUAUCCCCAAGGAUUUGAGCAAGUUGCAGAAUCCCUGCAGCUAG